AUGUUGUACUGCGAUCUGGAAAAGUUGGAGACGAUCGAAAGCUUCGUGAAGGCGUUUUGCGCCAAGGCGUGGGCGUUAGAUGGGAUAUUAAACGCCGAGACGGCGACGAUGGUAGAGUUUGGACUCACGAGCGAUGGCAUCGAGCGACAGUUUGCGGUGAAUCAUCUCGCACAUUUCAAAUUGACCGCGCUGUUGAUGGAUGAGCUCGUGCGCACGGCGGCGGCGUCGGGGCGAGAAGGACGCGUGGUGAACCUCAGCUCAAAUUUGCACCACUUCACCUAUCGAGUGCGACAGGGGACGAUUAAACCUAGCAGAGGGAUCGAUUUCGUGAACUUAAACAGUGAGAUGGGAUACACGCCGAUAAACUCUUACGGACAGAGUAAACUCGCCAAUCUCUUGCAUGCGUGGACGUUGUCGGAGAGAUUGGCAAAGAAUGGUUCGCCCGUUCGAUGCGUCGCGGCGACCCCGGGCAUGACGGAGCUCGAGCUCGAGCGAUCUCUCGCGUUCCCGGGCGGCUCAUUUCUUUCGGGUUUAUUGAAAUCUACGGUGACUUCGUCGCUCGAAGACGCCGUCGUGACGCCGCUGUAUUGCCUCACCGCCCCCAAGCUUCCGCCGGGCACGUUCUUUUCCAAAUGUCUCCCGGUGAAAUCGAGCCUUCCCAGCCGCGACCCACGCUUGGCGUCCAAGCUUUGGGAAUUCUCAGAAGAAAUGGCGUUUGCCACCGAGCGAGCCUAG